AUUACAAAAAACCGAAGUAACACGAACAAUCCGGUAAUGGCACAAGUUUGAGUUGUCAAAAAGUUUACAAAGAUUAAUUAAAAAACAGUGAAAAUGUCAGACGAUUUAAAUAAUACUUUUGGUUUCGAAUUGUUAAACAAACUGUACGAUACACAAGUGUCAAAGAAAGAAGAUGUUCUUGUUUUAUUUGUGCACUGGUAUUUUAAUAAAAAUGGCUUCAGAUGCAUCGGCUUAGGUGACUCAAAAACACGUGAGACUGGAGAAAAAGGUUCUGAAUUAUUGCCAGAAGGUUGGAAUCAACAACCAAAUUACACACUUCGAUAUGUCUUCAAAGAUAAACUCUACAUUCUGCUUGGAACGAAAUCCGACUCAGAUUUCUUAUUGAAUUUAUUGAGAGUGGAAGGAAAUGAAGCGUCGAGCAUUCAGUUCCCAAUCGAAACAACUGUAAAUAGUCUUCACGGCUCUUUGGAAAUUUUGAUGCCAACUUAUCAGACAGCAUUAAAUACUAUCGAAAAUGAUCUUCUCACUCCGAUUUAUAGAAACAGAAGUGAAAAUUCUACUCAAACUUCUCAUCAGUCGACAAACGAAGAGGGAAGGAAUAUUGGAUACCCUUUUGGUCCUAAUCCGGUACCUUGGAUUCCAUCUUCUGUACCAUCGUGGGAGCCUGAUGGAAGUCUGAGAAAUAUUGGCGCACGAGAUUUAGAUCCUCUUGGACAAGGAACUGGUGGAGGAAUGCUUUACGAUCCUUUACGUACACGUCCACCUAUUCCUCCAAGAGCACCAGGAGGCUUGGGUGUUCCUGGAAGAUUGCCCCCCGGAGCCGUACCACCUGGAGCAAGAUUUGAUCCAUUUGGACCGCCAGACAUUCUUCGUCCAAGACUACCGCGAAGAGAUCCCGACAGCGAUCAUCUUCCUCCUCCCGGCUACGAUGACAUGUUCAUGUAAAGUAGACCAGUUUUUUUUACAGAUUACGAAAUAAAAAUUACUAUUUUUAUCAAUAA